UUUUAGAUUUAACACUGAAUACGAAGUGUUUGGUUUCAUUGGGCUUGGUUGUUUUAUUCGACAGAAGCGUGAAAUAUUUGAAGUAAACCAGAUAAAGUUGAGAAAUCAUAAACAAAAGCAUGAAGUUCUUAAUUUGUUCGCUGCUAUUUGUGGCUAUCGCUGUAACGGGUACUUACGCUACUGAAGAAGUGAAAAUCGAAGAUGGAGUGCUUGUACUGACUAACGAUAAUUUCGAGGAAGUCGUAAAAGACAAUAAAUUCCUCUUGGUUGAGUUCUACGCUCCAUGGUGCGGUCACUGUAAGGCGCUUGCUCCCGAAUACGCCAAAGCCGCUAAGAAGUUAGAGGAACAAAAGUCAACCAUAAAAUUGGCCAAGGUCGAUGCUACUGUUGAGAGUGGGUUGGCUGAAAAAUUCCAGGUGCGCGGUUAUCCCACAUUGAAGUUCUUCCGUGACGGCACACCGGUCGAAUACAGCGGUGGACGUCAAUCAGAUGAUAUCGUUUCAUGGGUUAACAAGAAGGCCGGUCCACCAGCCAAGGAGCUUAAUACCAGCGAAGAGCUUGAAGAAUUUUUGAAGACUAAUGAAAUCGCCGUUGUCGGCUUUUUCAAAGACCAAGAAUCCAGUGAAGUCAAAACUCUCAUUUCGGCAGCCAACGCCCUCGAUAACUUCUUAUUCGGUGUCUGCAGCAACGAAGAGCUUUUCGCGAAAUAUGAAACUAAAGACGGUUCUGUAUUGCUCUUCAAGCCUUUCGAUGAGAAGAAGUCGGUGUUCGAGGGCGAAUUCAACGUUGAAAAUCUGAAAAAGUUCGUGCAAGUACAAUCUCUGCCCUUGAUUGUGGAAUUUAACCAUGAAUCGGCUUCGAAGAUCUUCGGUGGAUCAAUCAAAUCGCAUCUGUUGUUCUUUGUUUCGAAGGAAGCUGGUCAUAUUGAGAAACAUGUCGAACCAUUGAAAGACAUUGCCAAGGAUUACCGCGAAGACAUUUUGUUUGUUACAAUUUCUUCAGAUGAGGAAGAACACCAACGUAUCUUUGAAUUCUUCGGCAUGUCCAAGGAUGAAGUACCAACUAUUCGUUUGAUCCGCCUGGAAGAAGAUAUGGCCAAAUACAAACCAGAAUCUAACGACAUGACUGCUAGCACCAUUAAGGACUUCCUUCAGAAAUUCAUGGAUGGCAAAUUGAAACAACAUUUGUUAUCACAAGAAGUGCCUGAAGAUUGGGAUAAGAACCCCGUUAAAGUGCUGGUCGCUACUAACUUUGAUGAAGUUGCUUUUGACAAGAGCAAGGAUGUGCUGGUUGAAUUCUAUGCUCCAUGGUGUGGUCACUGCAAACAGUUGGCUCCCAUUUACGACCAAUUGGGUGAGAAAUUCAAGGACAAUGAAAGCAUUGUGGUUGCCAAAAUCGAUGCUACUGCCAAUGAGUUGGAGCACACUAAAAUUUCGUCAUUCCCCACCAUCAAAUUAUACCGUAAGGGCGAUAACAAAGUAAUCGACUAUAAUUUGGACAGAACUUUAGAUGAUUUCGUGAAGUUCCUAGAAGCCGGCGGUGAUGUUGCACAGACCGGUGAAUCGGAAGAAGAGAUUGAAGAGAAAUCCGAAGAACACCCGAAGGAUGAAUUGUAAAUGUUUACAUUAAUUUAAAUUUAAAAUUAUACGAACAGCAGCAAUCAGAAGCAACAAGAUAACAUUCACAUUACCACCAUUAAAACAAAACAUGUUAAUAGAUUUUUUGUCAAAACAAAAAUGCAACGGAACAUUCUUAUUUUUGUGCAAAUGCAUUUCUUCCUUCUGCUGCGCUAUUGUACCAAUUGUAUCAAUCAACAAAAAUAACAUCAAUCGCAAUGAAAGAGUGUCAACGUCAGCAGAACUUUAUUUAUUAGUAACUACAAUAAACAUUUGUUUGUAUUACGUUUUAAGUAACUUAAACAACAACAAAAAAAUUAAUCAAAAUUUUUGUAUUUGCUAUAAUUUUUUGUAAUUAUGGUUACAAUCAUUGAAUGUAGUUAGUAUUUUUUUACUUAAAAAGAAAAAGAAAAAAACAAACUGGUUCCACAAUUACGUAUGUAUGUUAUAUGGGAUGAUAAACCUUUGUACAAAUUGAGACGUAACGAGGGUAUAGGCGUUGAAAGGCUGUCAGUUCACACAAGCUUCAAAUAAAGGAUUUAGAUUUUUACAUAUUA